AUGUCUCGUUUCUUGAUCCUUCCACUCGCGCUUCUGGCCCUCAGAGUCGCUGCGCAGACAUCUACAGACUGCAAUCCACUCAGCGCCAAUUGCCCUGAUGAUCCAGCUCUGGGCACGACCUUUAGCGAUGCGUACAACAAGUCCGUCAGCGAAUUCGACAUCAACUUCUGGAACGUGACGGCAGGCACACAGCUCAUCAGCUUCGACGACCAGGAUGGCGCGGCUAUGGCGAUCGAUAAAGAGGGCGACUCCGUCACCGUCAAGUCGAACUUCUACAUCUUCUGGGGCACCGUCGAGAUCAUGAUGAAGGCCGCACCAGGCACCGGCAUCAUCUCCACAGUAAUCCUUCUCUCCGACGAUCUGGACGAAGUCGACUGGGAAGUAAUGGGCGGCAACUCCUCCACGGUCGAGAACAACUACUACGGCUGGGGCAACACCACCCAAAUCAACUCACAAUACCCCGCCCUCGACGGCGCGCAAGACGACUUCCACAACUACACGAUCGUGUGGUCGCAAGAGAAGAUCCAGUGGAUGCUCAAUGGCAAUGUUGUGAGAGAGCAAGGAUACCUUGAACCUGGUCUCUACCCGCAGACACCCUGUCGCAUCCAGUUUGGUCUCUGGUGUGGCGGCUGCUCCGAGAACGAGGGCACGCGCCAGUGGGCUGGUGGAAAGGCCGACUUCAAGGGUGCUCCGUAUGUCAUGAAUGUCAAGAGCAUUAAGAUCACGGAUGGCACGACCAAUUCCAGCUCGUACAGCUACGGCGACCACAGCGGUCACUGGAGCAGUAUUCAGAUCAAGGAGGGACAGUCGGAAGCAUAUAAGCGCAUCAACAAGCUAUCGACUGCGCAAAUGGCGGAGAAACACUGGCAGGGUCUCUCGACUGAUGCCAAAAUCGGCAUCGCAGUCGGUGUACUCGGUGGCGUCCUGGUCGCAGUGAUUGCAUGGAUCUUCUUCUGCAUUUCCCAGCGAAAGAAGGGCAGAGCUGAGGCUGCUGCGCAUGAUCAGGCCUGGGAGCAGCAGAAUGCUGAGUUGAUGGAGUACAAGUCGAUGAUGGCGCAGGGCAACUUUGCGGUGUCGCGGCAGUCGAUCAUGAUGGAGGCCAAACAGGAUCGGCCGAAGUCUUUCUUGCGCGGCGGCAAGUUCUGA